CCACUGCCGCCAGAAUUAGUUGUCAGAAAUCUAAUGUAUCGCAUCGAAUAACUUUGAGUCAUUUUGAACUAGAAUGUCCAUCGAAUGAACAGCUCUGUUCCAGCGUAACCCUAGCGAGGGAAUUGAGUCAUUGGAGAGCACUGCCAAUUUACUCCUACAGCUCCUACUCUAACAUCUAGGGUUUAUUUUUCUGUUUUGAGGAGGAAGACAUAGGAGGACAAGAUGCUGAAGUUCUUAUCUAAGGUCAAGAUCGAAUUCAACGCUCUCGACUCGCGGACGGCGGCUUGCAUGGAGUUCAUCGCUCAGUGCAACGCGGGGAAGGCCCGGGAGUCGAAUCCGGCGUGCCAAAUUGUCCUGAAGCGACGAACAGACGACAACCCGCCUCAAAUCACUGUCACUUACGUAAACGGCGUCGAGGAGGUAAUAGACGCCGCCUGCACUCCAGCUCAGGACAUCCGUGCUCGAAUCCUCGAACGUGGGCGCCAGCUAGAGACCGAACAAAUGUUCCGUGAGGCCGGCGAGCGGUGGCCCGUAAUCAUACCUGCGGAGGAGCUCCAACAGGAGUUCGCCGCCAAAAAAAGCUGUAGAAAAGAUCCAGAGCUAGUGAUUGACACUAGGCUCAGCAGCACAGCCAACAAUUUUCUAUUUGUCAUGUGCGUAAAAAAAACAAGAAAAAUCUCUCAUCCAGACUUUCAAAUACAUUCGCUGUCUCAUCUUGCUAGACAUAGUUUUCAUUGUUCACAAAAGGUGUAUGGCCAUAAUAAUAAGGGUAGAAGCCAAAGGCUACAAAAUGAGAAUCGUCGAUGGUGAAGGUUGUUGGGGAGGCUGAUCGAUUGCUUGGAGGACGAGUGGGUGGUAGCACAAUAUGUUCAAUCUACGUUUUAGUUAAGAGGUUGUAGAAAGGCGAUUGCCAACAAAGCUUAUUGGCAUGUGGUAAUAAGGAGGGAUGUGGGAGAAGAUUGGUAAGAAUUGACACUCUUAGGGGGUGUU